AGGGCGCCUCCUACAGGGGAGUGUUCAAGACCAAUGAACAUGGCUGCUGCAAGCAGGAUGAAGACGUGGAGCUGUCCGACGAGAGCGGUUUUCUGUCCAUGGGUAGUCCUUUUUGUAUUUUUACUAAGUACCAUACAUGCGGUUGAUGCAGCACCAGAGACGGGUCUUUGGAAAAUCACAGUUGUAAAUACAUCAAGACCACUGCUGUUAAGGAAAUCCAUGUAUAAAGACACUGACAUUGAACUGAAAGUUGUGUCUUUUGGCUGUCCUGAGGAGGUGACCUUCACUAUUCACUGGUUUUUAAAAUACUAUCCGUGUCACAAUGAAUUCAACAAUAUUGAAGAAAUGUAUGAGAGAACACCUCUGAGUCGUGGGGAGAGCCUGGAUCCAAAUCCCCUCGGACACGGGGAGUACAUUGAACACCAACACAGUCCAAUAACAUGUAACAAUGGACUGCGCUCCUUUCCAAUGCUCAAAAAAGCCAAGGCAGACCCACAUCCAGUCAGUCCACCUGUUAAUGCCGACGUACCAGAUGAAAAGGAUAUCAGCUGGGUUACUGAGGAGUAUGAUGACAGCAGCAGCACGAAGAACGGCACAUUAAAUAUCAAAGACAAUGUUAUCGCCACCACGUGGAAGGAUGGGCCUUACCUGCUGGUUGUUAAGAUUGUGUCCAGUAAACAGGAUGCCAGCUGGAAUUUAACAGUUAAUGUGGUGAUGAAAGGCAGCCAUGGCUACAUUUCUGUCACUGAAUGGCCUCUCAUGAUUUUCUACAUGGUGAUGUGCAUAGUGUACAUCCUGUACGCCUUGCUGUGGUUCAUCUGGGCAUCGUGCUACUGGAAAGAUCUGCUGAGGAUCCAGUUCUGGAUAGCAGGGGUCAUUUUCCUCGGGAUGGUGGAGAAGGCUGUUUUCUGUGCAGAAUAUGAAAACACCAACACUGUCGGCUCUGCUUCUCCAGGCCUGUUGAUCUUUGCCGAGCUGGUCUCUGCCCUCAAGAGGACUUUGGCUCGAUUGCUCGUCAUCAUCGUCAGCCUUGGCUACGGCAUUGUAAAGCCUCGACUGGGCACAGUAAUGCACAGAGUUGUGGGGCUCGGCAUCCUCUACUUUGCCUUUGCUAGCAUUGAAGGCGUUCUAAGGAUUACUGGGGCGAAAGACUCUGACUUAGCCCUGCUGGCCAGCAUUCCCCUGGCUCUGCUUGACUCCUCUCUAUGCUGGUGGAUCUUUGUCAGCCUGGCACAAACCAUCAAGACUCUGAAGCUGAGGAGAAACCCUGUCAAGUUGUCUCUCUACAGGCACUUUACAAACACAUUGAUAUUUGCUGUCGUUGCUUCCAUCAUUUUCAUAGGCUGGACAGCAAAGAAGUUCAGGCUAGCAGAUUGCCAGUCUGAUUGGGUUGAGCUGUGGGUGGAAGACGCUUUCUGGAGGUUUUUGUUCUCCGUCGUUCUGUUCGUCAUAAUGUUUUUAUGGAGACCAUCUGCAAACAACCAAAGGUAUGCUUUCACACCUCUCAUUGACGACUCUGACGAUGAAGAGAUUGAGGAGUUCAUCGCCUCUACAAACAUUGCUGAUGGCAUAAAGUUGAGAGCAUCUAAAAAUGAGGCGAAUGGCACAGUGAAACCUGCUGAAACAAACCCAGAUGACGACUUGAAGUGGGUGGAGGAUAACAUUCCUAGCUCUCUUACUGAUGUAGCUCUACCAGUCCUGCUGGACUCAGAUGAGGAAAUCAUGACGACCAGAUAUGAGAUGUCAAAGCUGGAGUGAGGAAAAACAUUUGCAGCCAUCAGCUGACAUGGAGAGAGGACAUAGAAGCUGUCCCUGACUCUGUGGGAGGGUUUUCUCCAGGAUUUCCCGUCGGAUGGUGGUGGUGGAGUGCCAUUUAGGUUUUCAGGGGAUUCUCCCCUGCGGUUGCUACUAUACAGGGUGGAGCAGGCCACAAUUUACGGACACCUCUGCUCAUAUUCUCAUCUGCUCAAGAGCAAAGGACUCUGCCAGAGGAAAACUGUCUUUUCACUGACCAACUGGUUCACUUUUUCCAAAGAGAAUGUUUCAUUUUAUAUUAAGUGCUGUAUUUAUUUCUGUUUAGUUCAUGUGAAUUUAUUUUAUCAGAGAAUUAAAGGUCCAGUGUGUAGGAUUUAGAGACAUUUUGAGGUGAGGUUGCAGGUUUCAACCAGCUGAAUACCCCUCUCCUCGCCGCUUCCUUACCAAGUGUGCAGGAGAAACUAUCGUGGCCACGAAAGGCACGCUCCAGAGCCAGUGUUUGGUUAGUCUAUUCUGGCCUACUGUAAACAUGGCAGAGCAACAUGGCAGAGCCAAUGGAAGAGGAUCCGCUCCCCCUGUAGAUAUAAGAGCUCAUUCUAAGGUAACGGAAACACAAUGAUUCUUAUUUUCAGGUGAUAAUGCACUAAUGAAAACAUACUUAUUAAUAUUUGAUUUGGUUUUUGCCAUAUUCUGCCAAUAGUUCCCCCUAAAUCUUACACACUGGUCCUUCAGUAACAUUGGGCCUCAUGCAUGAACAUACUCUCAAAUAUGCGUAUGUGUCUUUUAGAGGGUUUCUAGAUAUUAUUGGCUGGUUGCAAUAAAAUCAGAUGCUUAUUUAUUAUGGGGAAAAUAAUUAAAAUGACUUUUUUCAGUAAUUAACAUAAAGAAAGAUUUAUGUAUGCUGUUUUUGCCACCAGAAGAGAGAGAGUUUGACUUCAAGGAACUUUUUAUAGAAAUAUAUUAUUGUCAAGUUCCCAAAAGUUAUGGAGUACAGUAAACAUGUAUUUACAUGUGACUGCGUCUGACUUAGACUCUUCUUUUGCCAGCAUUAAAAUCCGAGACAAGAAAAUCCAACGCAGUGAUUUCGAGUAGAACAUUUGCUCUUAUGCACUUUGAAGGUCAAAGCUGUGCCUACAUGUUCUUCUUGUAUGAGGCCUAAACUGUUCAGGUAAUUGAGAACAACAUGUAUGAAAGUGUAGUUCAUGUCUCAGAUUGAAGCCACCCGGCAUCCCCAGUAUUGGUGUGUGAAUGAGCUUGAGAGGGACGAAGCACAAACAAGUUAUUUGUACAAUUUGAAUUUCUGUGUAUCUGGGCUCCGUAGUGUAGAAUUGGGAUUUUCAGUCAUGUCUUGAAUCUACUGUAUGUGUGCAUCCUCUGAAAUGAGGAGCAGUAUACUGUAUGUAUGUUAAUAUUGAGUUCAUUAUUUAUUUGUUUCAAGUGUACUUAUAAGUUGUUGAAGUGUGUGUGUGUGUGUGUGUGUGUUUACUCUUUAGUGUGUUUACAAUGUGUGCUUCCAUUUUUGUAACGCAUUGGGCCCCGAACAAUCUCACAAUGUACUAGGCAAACGGCAGACUGCAGCUUGUUUCUUAUUUCUUUCCAUCAUUUGCCUUCUCUGCUGAUAGAAUCAUUGUGUUGGAUUCACAGACACCCUAAAAACAUCCAUGUUGAUCCCAGAAGUCUUAAUAUGUUUGUAUUUUGUCAUUAUUUUUGGAAACGGCUGGCCUGGUGUGUUUGUCAGUUUUGUUUUAGAGUCGGGGCACUGUUAUUGUGUUCAUGAAUGUUGUCUUGAGUAAAUGUAACAGCAGGACUUCUAAUCUUGUCUGUCCAGGCCAUCCCGUAUUAUGACACAUUAGGUAAGAUACAGUAUGUGGUUAGCACGAGCACACGCUGGUCACUUUGGUUUAUAAUGUCACUGUUGCUUUCGUUUUUUGGGUUGGAAGACUAGAAUAAUUGUGCUUAUGGUGGCAAGCUGUCCUUCUGUUAUAUAAAACUGCAGACACCUGCAGGGGACCUCCAUUAUUUGUACAGAUGGGUUUUGGCUGAUUCCUGUUAUUUCAUAAUUCCACAGGUGAAGAGGUGUCUGGAUAAUAUGAGUCUUUUUUUUUUUUCUUCUUUUUUUCAUGGGUGUCAUAAAGAACCGGGCUUGAACUUUUCAUACCAGCAGUUUUCUUCUCUCUUCCUUCUCAGGAAGACUGCACACCCAGAUUAAAAAUGAAUUGAAUACAGGAGGAUUGUUUCCUGAUCUAUAAUUUUCAGUAUUCGUUUGGUAAUAAAAAUGCAUAUUUGACUAUG